AUCUGUUCCAGGCACUAGUUACUUAACCUAGUACCUAGUAAUAACCCUUGUUUCCAUCCAUAUCCUCAGCGCAUGCAAAGCUGCCGCCGCCGCCAGCCUACCUCGCCUACCUUACUUAGUACCAACCAACCUAAGAUUCUCUUUUAACUGUUAUUCCCUACAUAUUUCUUACCAUCAUCCAUCCUUCUUCUCUUCUUCUUCUUCCUCUUCUACCUCCACCCCUCCACUCUUCCACUCUUCCACUCUUACACAUACUUCAUCAUCUUCCCUCAACAACCACCUCCUAUUACCUAUAUCCUGUCUUGUCUGUUUCUCAUCUCCUUCAAAGAUACAUUCAUCUACACCCACAUUCAUCAUACAUACACUGAACCCUUAGUUUCCUCCCGUCUUCUACCACUUCUUAUUAUUCUAGCGGCCACCUACAUCACAUAGUCCUAACAAACGCUCUACGCUCGACAACUACCAAGCCAUUUACUUUUGAAUUAUAACUUUUCUGUUGUAGCCUUACUUGUUUCCAUAUCUUAAUUAGUUGUCUUAUCUACUCUCAAUCUUCUUCCUAGCUCCCUAGCCAUCCAUCGAUUCCAUCCGGUCUUCCCCAAGCAGCUCACUUGCUGUCGGCUUCCAAUUAAACAUCUAACCAACCUCUCUGUGUAUCUUACCUAACAUUUAGUGCUAACAGAUUCAAAAUGAGUUCUUUCGCACGUACCUCAUCCCCAGUCCUUACCAUGUCACCCAGUGCCGCUCAUCAAGGAGCGUUCGGCAUGUCCCCCUUCCCGCAUCCCUUCAGCCGUCCCAAGAUCUUCAAUGCUCCUUCACCCUGGACACAGCCUUCCACCGUAGCACCAUCCACUGCUGGCCGCAAGCGCUCUCGAGACGAGGCAGGCGUCAACCUCGACGUCGAUGAAGUUAAGCUUCAAACCAUCGAGCCUGUUAAGGAGGCAGAAGACGAAUGGGUAUACGGCGAAGGGAUGACGCUUAUCAAGUCUCCCACGUCGUACAUCGCCGAUGCGGGUAAUCAAUCCGGUACCUGGCUUGAAGAAAAGGUGGCUGCAGAUGCGAUUCGUAAGAAUGAAGAAGCCCGUGCUUUCAAUCAGCAGGAACGGCCAUCCUUAAGAAGCAGCAAAUCGCAACGGUUGGACAUGAACGUCAUCAUCCUCCCAGGAAAUACAUCGCAGAUCAUUCGUUCUAGCCCCAACCGCGAUGUCAACCCUGCUAUUCCAAAUUCCGGCUUAUCAACAGACACGAGCAGCCAACCCAUCAUCGACAACUUCACGCUCCACCUAGGAAUCGGAUGGAGCCGCAUAAGCGAAAAUGAACAUAUCCAAGCAGCAGCUCGCGGGUGGGCCAGGUAUAUCGAGAACCAUUUCCCGGUUACUAAUGUCCAAAUCCAAUUGGAAAGCAAAGGCCUUCAAUCCUACCUCGUCGAAGCUGCCGAGGGGUUCUUCCUGUUCGCAGAAAAUUUACGCCAGGGUCAACUUGUCAGUCAGGACUUAAAUCGAGCAUUUGCCAAUCUCAAGAUGUCCCCUCCAGUCUUUGAGGGACCUGAGGUGAUGUCGGCGGCUGAAUCGCCUAAACCCAUCGCGACCAUAUCACCCCAUGGAACUGCGGCCACCACGAUUGAUGUUGAAAUGGAGAUGAUCUGAACCACUGAUAGGUCACUGAUUGCUCUUUCUUUUUUUGUAGGAAAUGCCAGCGUAACUUGAGGAGAGGCUACUGGGGAUCGACUGGUUCUGACUGGGGGUAUUCGGAUUAACAUAAACGUUUUAUUGAUGUUCUAACGGCAUCACCUGCACGAUUCGAGUCGAAUGGUACAUGAGCCAAAACGACUCGCGGGGUCUGGAGUUUGCUUCCAUUUUUAACGGCGCCUGGAUGGACGCAUAACCUGUACGAUAUAAGACUUCAUUUCAGAUUAUUUUUUCGACCAAAAAAAAAAAGUUUCCAGAUUUCAAUCAAUGAAUUAAGGUAGAAGGCAUUCUUUUAUAGCAGUGAAUGUUCAUGAAAUUGGGUGUCUAGAGGAGAUUGGGCAAUAAAAGGGUGACAUUGAUGUGUGGAAUCUACACAGGUACUUAUGUAUCUCCAACCUAUGCAGGUACUGUAGAUACUAUUAGAUGCAAGCUAAUAGGUAAUGCCAAUAGAUAGGUAGGAACCCAUUACCUACAGUAGUAUAUAGGUAGUAGUAGCAUG